AUGGUGGUUCUCAAAAUCAGAGCGGCUGAUGGACAAUUCUUCCGCUUCCGGGUCGAAGAGUGCACCCUGGACGUAGUCAGGGAGAAGCUGGAAGCAGUUGGGAGCCAGAAUGCUUGGCUUGUCUUGUCAGACGGCUCGAGGAGGCCUUUGUCAGACGCUGCACUGCAAGCUGCAUUGGAUUCCGGGGCUGAGGUCCUGAAAAUGGAAGUCUGUGACGGAAGUCCUUGCGGGAGUCCAUCUUCCGCCUCUGAGAGCAUAGACUGUGGUCCCGCUGCAAGCACGGCCAGCACGGACUUGCAGCUUGAGCCUGAUACGGCUCCAUCGGCGCCCGUGCUGGACGUGGCGAUGGAGCAGGAGCCACAAGGGUCACCCUCACCGCAGGAUGAUCAGAGGCACCUUCAGCACGUCGAUGCGGAGCAUGAGCAGCAGAUAUGGCAGUCACACGUGAUGGGCCACGUUUACCAGCACCAACACGCCAUCCAUCAGCAUGUCGCGCAGCAACAGCAAACAGUCCAGCAGGCCAUCCACGAGCAAGUUGCCCAGCACAGGCGAGCUUUGCACCAGCAGCAGCAACAAGCCCAAGAGGCCGUCCGUGAACACGUCGCACAGCACUGGCAAGCCAUUCAGCGACACCAGCAAGCCAUGCGCGAGCAUGUCGCUCAGCAGCAUCAAGCCGUGCGCGAGCAUGUCGCUCAGCAUCACCAGGCCGUGCGGGAGCACAUUGCACGGCAGCAGCAGGCCGUGCGCGAGCAUGUCCAGCAGCACUUGCAGCAGACGGCAGCAGGUUUGCAGAAUCUGCCGCAGCAGCUACGUGGCAUUCACCAGCACUGGCAAAACCAUCUGCAACAGCACCUGGGAACCGGACCAUUGCCGCCUCCGCAAGCUGCUGGCGAUCUGAAUGCAUCGCCCGAAGGGGCGGCUUCCCCCGCCCACUGGGCAGAUGCCAUCGGUUGUGCUGCCGAGGGCCCGCUGAUGCAUACAUCCCCUCUCUACCUGGAUGGGCAACGCCGGCACUUGACUAGAUGGAUGCUUACAGGCUCCAUCCACUUAAACAACAGCGACCUAAUCCUGGAGGACAGUAUGGUGACAGGCAGCUUGCAUCUCAACGGACAUUCGCGUGUACUGCUGAAACGUGGAAUGCUUACUGGCAGCGUGAUUCGGAGUGCGGACUCCACCUUUGAGAACCGACAGGGCAUGCUGACUGGACAGGUCGUCAGCGCACAUUGA